CAGCACUAACAUGUUACUGUGGUGGCUCACGAGAAAACCCAUAUUGUGAAAGAAAUGUAUUUAACUGCACUGUGCCAGAAGGUGUUUGUUAUGCCAUGACGGAAGUUCUACCUAUUUCAAAAAAUAUUUUGACUCAAAGAGGAUGUUUUAGAAAAAACAGAUUGGUGCCAUACAACCGACCAUUUGUAUGUGAACCAGUCAAUAAAUCCAACCAUCAAGUCAUAUGUUGCAAAACAGACUUCUGUAACCAUCCUGAAGCAAUGGAAGCACCAACAUUGCCCACAACAACUGCCAGCAUUCAAACUAAUCAAGAUCAACUGUCAACAACAUUAAUCGUUUUAUUAUCAGUUGGCGGGUUCUUGUUGAUGGCAAUGCUUGUUCUUGUUGCGGUUUUCUAUAAAAAGCAACACAGCAAGAGAAAUGACCCAUUGGUGGAAAGCCAGAAUUCAAGCCUACCAGACACUAACAUGCAAGAUCUCUUGGACGACAAGGACUUCUCUACUACUGGUUCAGGUUCAGGAUUGCCAUUACUUGUCCAUCGAACUAUUGCUCGACAAAUUCAACUACAAGAAGUUAUUGGAAAGGGAAGGUAUGGUGAGGUGUUUCGUGGUAAAUGGAGGGGUGAAGACGUCGCGGUAAAGAAGUUUGUGACUCGCGAUGAGAGAUCCUGGGCAAGGGAGGCAGAGAUUUAUCAAACCAUCAUGUUACGACAUGAGAAUAUACUCGGAUUCAUUGCUGCAGAUAACAAAGAUGUUGGGACAUGGACUGAACUAUGGUUGAUAUCGGAAUACCACGAGAAUGGAUCUUUGUUCGAUUAUCUUGGUGAAACACGUGUGGAUGUUGGUGCCAUGCUUAAGUUAUGCAGCUCCAUUGCUAGUGGGUUGGCUCAUUUGCAUAAUGAGAUUGUUGGUACUUUAGGAAAACCCCCAAUAGCUCAUUGUGAUUUAAAGUCAAAGAAUAUUUUGGUGAAAAAAAAUGGUGAAUGUGCAAUUGCUGAUCUUGGGUUGGCGGUCAGACAUGAUUCAAGCACCGACACUAUUGACAUUCCUCCUAAUAACAGGGUGGGAACCAAAAGAUACAUGGCACCUGAGAUACUGGAUGACACAUUAAACAUGUUACAUUUUGACUCUUUCAAACGUGCGGAUAUAUAUUCACUGGGACUUGUGCUGUGGGAGAUUGGUCGCAGAUGUAGCAUUGGAGGUCAGAAUCUUGAUUACCAACUUCCAUAUUACAACAUGGUACCUGAUGAUCCAACAAUUGAACAAAUGAGAGUCGUUGUGUGUGAGAAGAUGUUUAGACCACAGAAGGAAGCAACAUGGCAUAAAUAUGAUACCAUGGAGCGAAUGUGGAAACUGAUGAAUGAAUGUUGGUACGAGAGCGGAUGCGCACGUUUAACUGCACUGCGAGUAAAGAAGACGAUCGCGAAGAUAGAAGAUGAGGAAGGAGUGAAGAAUAUUUGAUGUGUGGUGGUGGUGGUUUCUUCAUACAAUGUAAAUUACUUCCAUCACUUAUGUUAACCUCUACCCAACUUAACUCAAAACAAAAACAAUUCAAAAUCUUAUCAGGAUUUAGUUUUAGAUCUUGUACACUGCUUUUAUGAAAUAUUUUUAUUGUUCUGUUUGUACAAAUAUUUUAAACUUCUUUUUAUUGAAAAGUUCACAAUGUUGCCAAUGUAUGUUGUGUUAUGUGUUUGUUGUUUCUUGUUAUGUAUAAGACUUUCACUUGGUAGUAUCUAAAACCAGCAGGGUCUGUAGUCUGAUCAUAGUGUGCACUCUUAACAGGUGAACAACCAACAAAAUUUUAAUUGUUGCUUUGUAUAAUUGCUCAGCUUUUGGCUAAUGGUGAUAAGUAUUGUGUCUGUACAUACACCCAUAGAAAAUGUCCAAAAAAUCUCUAUCAAAUAUAUUAAUACCAACAACAACAUUGCACUAUGGUUUGCAGCAUUCUGUAGAAUUCUAUGAACUAAAUUUUUUCUCCGUUGUUUACCAGCAUCCUCUAUAAUCAGUGCAUUCAUAUGUAAUUAUGGUUACCUUGUUUUGCAACUAUGUACAAAUUACUUUCUAACUUAAUUUUGGUUGUAUUGUGUAUAUAAAACAUUUAAAUCAA